CAUUCCUCGGCUUUCAAAGUAGUUUCUGGCUGACUGAAAGGUUAAUACGAAACACUCUUAUCUCCAGCUUUCGUCGGAAAACAGCUCCUCAAAUAAGCAACUACUGUAUAAUUAUGCCCGUUUUUAAAAAAAUAUUUUUCCUUAUCAGAGAGACUGCGUUUCAGCUAACUUCCCAUCUCAGGGCAGCAAACAGUCACCACCACGUUUAAAUUCCCCGGGAAAGAAACGGCCAGUUGCUGACGAAAAAGAAAGGAAACGAAACUCAUUCUGUCUUCCUGGUGGGGCUGUCAUGGCUGAUCUCUGGGGUCCCGUCCAGGAUCUCUGCGAGGAAGCCACAUGUUCCAUCUGCCUGGAGUAUUUCUGGGAUCCAGUGAUCAUCCCCGAGUGCGGGCACAACUUCUGCCGAGCCUGCCUUAGGCGGUGCUGGGGGAAAUCCGAGGCAGAGGCUUCCUGCCCUCAGUGCAGAGAAAGGGUUCAGCGAAGCAGCAUUAGGCCGAACCGGCAGCUGGCAGACAUUGCAGAAAUCGCCAGGAAGCUCAGCCUGCAGCGGGGAAAGGGGGCGGAAGGAAAGGGGAGAGUCUGCGAGAAGCACCAAGAGCCCCUGAAACUCUUCUGCAAGGACGAUGAAGCGCCCAUCUGUGUGGUGUGUGACAGAUCCAAGGAGCACAAAGAUCACGAGGUGAUUCCUCUGGAGGAGGCUUCCCAGGAGUACAAGGAUCAGAUCAGCGGCUGCCUAGACAAUCUGAGGCAGGACAGAGAGAGAAUCCUGACAUUCAAAGCAGAUACUGAAAAGGAAAACCAAGAUCUGCUUAAACAAACAGAAUCAGAGAGGGAAAAGAUGAUGGCUGAGUUCAGACGACUGCACCAAUUUCUGGAAGUACAAGAGCAACUUCUGCUGGCCGAGAUGGAAGAAGUGGAGAAGGAGAUUGCAAAGGAAAGGGAUGAGCACCUGGCCAGACUCUCUGAGGAACUCUCCUCUCUUGAAAGCGUCAUCCAGGAGAUGGAGGACAAGCGUCAGCAGCCAGCCAGUGAACUCCUGCAGGAUAUUGGAAGCUUCUUGCAGAGGUCUCUGGCAAAGGAGGAGUUUCAGAGUCCCUCAGCUUUUCCUCCUGAUCUGAAGUGGAGGAUCUGGGAUUUUUGCGAUAUAAAUCCCUUCCUGGAGGGUGUCAUGAAGCAAUUCAGAGACACUCUGGGAUCUGGACUUCAGCAACAAAAAGAAAAUGUAACUUUGGAUCCAGACACAGCCCAUCCAAUGCUCAUCCUGUCUGUGGAUCACAAGAGUGUGAGAUACGGAAAUGAGCUUCAAAACCUCCCUGACAAUCCUGAGAGAUUUGACGAAUUCACGUAUGUCCUGGGACGUGAGGGGUUCACCACAGGCAGACAUUUCUGGGAAGUCCUUGUGGGAUGUGAACCAACGUGGACUGUGGGGGUUGCCAGAAAGUCUGUGAAGAGGAAGGGUGUUAUUGACUGGAUUUCUGAGGGAGGGAUCUGGGAGAUGGAGAAGUGGUCAGGUGAAUACAGUGUUUCCACCUUCCCUGGUUGCUCUGUUCUGUCCCUGAGUGAGGAGCCCAAGAGGAUCCGAGUGACUCUGAACUACGAAGGGGGCCGGGUGGCUUUUUAUGAUGCUGACAGAGCAGCCCUUCUCUACGCAUACCCGGCAACCUCAUUCUCUGGAGAGACCCUUCAGCCCUUGCUUUGUGUGUGCUAUAAUGCCCACCUCACGCUACUAAAAGGAAGCAUCACUUCAGAACUUCUUGUGGAUCUACCAUCCCAACUCUCUGCCCCCAAGAGAAGAGUAGCUGAGCGCCUCUUCGCAUUCUGCUGUCAUCCUGCAGCUGCCUCUCCUGUCAACAAAGCCACAGAAACUCCAUCCGCCAUGGCCUCAGCCCCACUGCCCACCAAUAUGGAAGAGGAGGCCAAGUGCCCCAUCUGUCUGGAGUGGCUGAAAGAUCCGGUGACAGUGGACUGUGGCCACAACUUCUGUCGGGUCUGCAUCACCAACUACUGUGAUAUAUGGGAAGAGCAGAAGGUGGGGGACUUGGAGUGUCCCAUGUGCAAAACCCGGAUACAGAAAGGGAAUUUUCGCCCCAAUUGGCAGCUGGCAAAUAUAGUAGAAAACCUCAAACUCCUGCCAGUGAAUAGAGAGGGAAAGGAUCUGUGUGACAAACACAAGGAAAGACUCCACCUGUUCUGCAAAGAAGAUAAAGAAUUGGUGUGUAUGGUUUGUCUGCAUGCCCCAGAACAUCGGAAACAUUCUAUGCUGACUCUGGAAGAGGCUGCAAAAAAGUACAAGGGUCACAUCUGGAAUUGCCUGGACUGUUUGAGGAAGACAAGAGAGAAGAUUCUGGGAUGCAAAGACGACACACACACAAAAACCCAAGACAUGCUUAUGCAAACAAAAGCAGAGAAAGAAAGGAUGGUGGCUGAGUUCAGGCAACUCCACCAGUUUCUGGAAGAACAAGAGAAAUUUCUGCUGGCCCAGAUGGAAGAGGUGGAGAAGGAGAUUGCAAAGAGAAGCAGUGAGCACCUGGCCAGACUCUACAGGGAACUUUCCUCUCUUGAAAGGAUCAUCUGGGACAUGGAGGAGAAGUUUCAGCAGCCAGCAAGUGAAUUCCUGCAGGAUAUUAAAAGCUUCUUGCAAAGGUCUCAGGCAAAGGAGAAAAUUAAAUCCAUCAUUUUUCCUCCUGACCUGAAGUGGCGGAUCUGGGACUUCUGUGAUAUAAAUCUCUUUUUGGAGGGCAACAUGAAGCAAUUUAGAGACAAUCUGGAAUCUGGACUUCAGCUGCAGAAAGAAGAUGUAAGUUUGGAUCCAGGCACAGCCCAUCCCCGGCUCAUCCUGUCUAAGGACCAUAAAAGUGUGAGAUUUGGGAAAAAACAUCUAGCAAUGUCCAACAGUUCUGAGAGAUUUGAAACAUAUCCCUGUGUGCUGGGCCGCGAGAAGUUCACUGCAGGCCGACAUUUCUGGGAAGUCCAUGUGGGGAGUGAAGAAACAUGGGCUGUGGGGGUUGCCAGAAAGUCUGUGAAGAGGAAGGGUAAGAUCAGUUUCGGUCCUAAGGAAGGGAUCUGGGAGAUGGGAAAAUGGCCAGGUGAAUACAGGGCCUCCUUCAGCUUUGCAUUCCGUGCUCUGUCCCUGAACGAGGAGCCCAAGAGGAUCCGAGUGACUCUGAACUGUGAAGGGGGUCGAGUGGCCUUUUAUGAUGCUGAUAGAGGAGACCUUCUCUAUGCCUUCCCAGCAGCUUCAUUUCCUGGGGAGACCCUUCAACCCUUUUUUUAUGUAUUCAACAAAGCCCAGCUGACACUCUCUGCCUAAGGGUGGAAACAGACGUAUGUAAACUUACUGCAGUUGUGAACGCUCCUCCCCAGCACCAGGGGUUAUUUUCUAAAAAGAAGCCAUAUUUAUAGAAUAGUGAUUGGCUGGUCCUUCUGUCAGUCAUGAUGCAUCUUCCCCCUUUCUCAGGUCAGCUCUGUAGCCAGCACUGAUUGGCUGGCUCUUGUGUCAGUCAGGAAACCUGCCUGUUUUGAAGUCUGCUGUGGCAAGCUGAAUUGUCGUUUGACAAUUUGUCAAAUUGUCGUUUGACAGAAAGGCGCCAAGAAAGCAGAGGAAUGGAGAAUAUUGGCGGGUGACGUCCCCUGAUUGGCUGGUGGCUGUGGGUUGCUAGGAAUGGCCUUACAGGCUAAAUUAGAACCCAUGGCAGGCUAAAUUUCUUGGCUCACAGACCAGAGGUUCCCAUCCCUACCCCCAUGCUCCAGACAAUGCCAUCACCUCUUCUGAAUACAAGCUGAACUCUAAAUGGGUAUCAUUGUGACCUCCCUCAGUCUUAAUCCUGCUCUCAGUUUCCUUUUCCUUUCUCUAAGACUUCCAAUAAAACUCUGGAGAUUCAAGCACCAAAAUCCAUUCUUCUUCGCUACUAUCCAGGAAAGCAUUUCCAUUUAUACAGUUAUUCUCUCUAAGAUCAGCUGGAGUUAACAUUCAGACAGAUCUUUAGAUAUUUUCACCUCUGCUUAUCCUUUUGUAUAAUAUGCCUGGAUGUG